CAGGACAGGAGGACUGAGUUCUCACUACUUCCGGUGUGUGUGCCAAAUCCAGAUUGUGGUGAAAUAAUUACCUUGUCACACAGCUGAAUAAAUCUUACUCUACGUGAUGCCUCCUAAAAAGAAAUCGAAUGAGCCCAGUAAAAAGACUGAACAGAAGAAGAAAGAGAAAACCAUUGAGGACAAAACAUUUGGCUUGAAAAACAAAAAAGGUGCAAAGCAGCAGAAGUUCAUCAAGAACGUUACCACCCAAGUGCAACAUGGAAAUGUUAAAUCUAGCCGUCUACAGGCAUCCCAAGAACAGGACAAGGCCCUAAAGAAGGAUGAGAAGAAAAAGCUGCAGGAAGAAAUCAACUCUCUGUUCAGACCAGUAGCUCAGACUGUCCAGAAAGGUGUGGACCCCAAGUCUGUUCUGUGUGCAUUCUUCAAGCAGGGCCAGUGUACUAAGGGAGACAAGUGCAAAUUUUCCCACGACCUUACCAUUGAGAGGAAGGGCGAGAAGAGAAAUAUCUAUGAAGAUAAAAAAAGUACAAUGGAAGACUGGGAUGAAGCCACUUUGGAAGAUGUCAUCAAUAAAAAGCAUGGGGAAAGUGAGAAAACCAAACCUAAAACAGGAAUUAUUUGCAAAUUUUUCCUUGAUGCGGUGGAGAACAGCAAAUACGGCUGGUUCUGGGAGUGUCCAAACGGGCCUAAAUGUAUUUACAGGCACGCACUUCCUCCUGGGUUUGUUCUGAAGAAGGAUCAGAAGAAGGAAGACAAGGAAGAAAAGAUUUCUAUAGAAGACUUGGUGGAGACAGAGAGAGCUGCUUUGGGAUUUAAUGUAACCAAGGUGACACUGGAAACCUUUCUUAAGUGGAAAGAGAGAAAGAAAAGAGAAAAGUUGGAGCAGCACUAUGAAGAACAGGAAAAGAAGAAAGCUGACUACAAGGCUGGACGCACUGUUGGGAUCAGUGGUCGUCAAAUGUUUGAGUUCAAUCCUGACCUUAUCAAGGAUGAUGAUGAUGAAGCCCAAGAUGGAGCAGUUGCCAUAGAACGGGAAGAGGAGGAGAUGGAUGAGUUCAAGGUAGUGGACGUGGAUUUGUCCAACUUCAAGGCCACCGAUGUGGACGCUUCAGGGACGCAAGCCACCGCUGACAGGCUGAGUACUGCAGUCACCGUCAAUGGAACCUCCGAGCACCAAGAGUCUGGCAAGCUGGAUGAGGCAGCUGCCCUCCCGUCUGAUGCCAAGACGCGACUUCAAGAAGAGACGGACGCUGCUAUCGCUGCUGCUGUGGAUGCCACCAUCAACGGUGACCUUGACAUUGACGAAGACCUGUUUGCCGGAGAUGAUAUCGACUUGGUAGAGGAGGAUCUGGAGACCCUUGAACUGGAAGACGACCCAGUCGGCUUGUGAUGUCGGCUCAUGCACGUGUUUGCGUGUGUGUUCCUCCUUGGUUUUGUCCUCUCUCCUCUCCUUGGUCCCCAUGUAUGCUUGUGUAAAGUGUUGGAAGCUCGAGUCCAUUUUAUUAGAAGUUGUCACAGGGUUUUAUGCUGUUCCUGACAGUUCUCCUGUUCUCACUUGCCCUCUAUUCUCACUUGCCCUCUAUUCUCACUUGCCCUCUAUUCUCACUUGCCCUCUAUUCUCUCUUGCCCUGAGUUUAAGUAGGUUUUUUUCUUCUUCUCAGUUCUGGUCAGUCCCGUAAGUGUGGUAUUGCGUCACAGUAUAGGGCACGUUCACUCUAUAAGAUACAUGUUUAUGCUGCCUUAUAUAUGUGUGAUGGCACAGGAUAGUCUAGCACAAAGGUCCCCAAAUCAUUAUUGACAUGAUUCCAACGAUUUUGCAAUUCUGAAAAUUCUGAACGUUGUUCACACAACAGUAGCAGACAUCUUGCAAGCACAACAGUCCAUUGAGUUGCCUCUAUGUUACUAUAUAUAGCUUGUUUCUGAGGGGCUCUAGCCAUGUGAUCAGUCUUGGUCUGUAUAUAUUUUAGUAUACAGUCUAAAUGUUUUAAUAUGGAAUGCUAGUUUUGCUUUUGAGAAAAUUAAUUUUGUCCCUGCUUUUCCCAAUCAACUCAGUGUCAAUGUUUGCGGCUUUUACCAAGUUUUCCUGAAGCCUUAAACACGUAUUUAAUUUUUAACAAACUAUCCAAGUUUGUGGAAAGUGAUACCUAAAUGAGUACUGUCGAAUUUCUGACUCCUUAAUGAAAAUAUUUUCUUCUGUUGGAAAGUGCUCUGUGAAAAGGGUGUCAGGGUUGAAUUCUAUGCUUCUUUCAAAUCAAUGUAAGUGCUUAAAACUUGUGUCUCCGAUAGAGUAAAAAAUCAUCUUCCUUUUCAUUUGAUCAGGCCCAUACCGGUAAAUGUCCUAUGUGAUACUAGAAAAUUUGUUGACAUUUCCAGACCUGACCCAUGCUUUUGAAAUAAUUUGAGGUGAGGAAUAAUUUUUUUCAGGACAGUUGUCCACAGUGAGUUCAUUAUAGUUUUGUCUUCACAAUCACAAAAUUAUUGCUUAUGUUAUGGAACUUUAUGUCAUUGUGGCUCAUCUUUUCUCUGUAGUAUCAUCAGUUUGUUCUGAAGGUGUAGGUCACAGGGAGUCAAGUCCACUGCCCUUUCUCCUCUUCUCUUAUUUUUCUGAGUUGGAAUCUUUUUUUUUUUUCAGUUCAGAUAUUUGAUAUAUCAGUGAGAUGGCUGGUUUAAAAUUAGCGUCUGGGGACUUUUGUGUACAUGUGAGCAAAAUUUGAGAGAAAGUAAAUGUUAGGUGAGAGGCCACCAGGCUGUUUCUUCAAAACCUUCUUGAAACUGUUUGAAAGGAUUACAAUCACUCUUAUCAGCUGUUACUUGUUGAGUGAGAUUGUCGAAAGAUGCCUAGAUAAGAUGAGGUAAAGUUUUCGUAAAUGAAAAACUGGCUUUAUUAUAUAUAUGUUUUAUCUCAAGUCAGUUUUGAAUGAUUUCCCGUGCCCUCCCCCCUUUGUGUUUGUUCAGCAAAGACAAAUGUUUGGUUCUUUGUUUCGUAGUAUUGGCUUGUGGUAAUGGAUGCCCAUUUGCAGAGUGGCUUUGUGUGUAGUUGAGAACGGUUAUUUUCAUAAUGUGAAAGUUUGCCAAAGACUUAUGCAUUCUUUUGUUUAGCGGAUUACCAUCUUUUCCUGCUGGAUAUGUGCUAAUUAGCAGAAUUUUUCUAUCUCUAUUUCCUCCGCAGGUCUCUAUUCUUUUGUUGUCUUUCGUUAAUACAAAUUGCUACCACAAUACAUAUGUACAACACUGUUAGUCAUGAUAAGUCAUAUGAUCGCCGGAUUUUUAUUGUACAUUAUAUGUACUCACACAUGUGGUAGUCCUAGGUCAGGGCAGAGUGGAGUGACGCUUUGUCCUAUGAUGACCUCUGACCCCGUACUUCAAAGACUGGACAAGACUGAACAUUAAAACACAGAUUAAUGCUCUCAGUA